AUGCCUGACUUUAACAUCCCCUUUAAAGUGUACACGGAUGCCUCCAUGGAAGCAGUUGGGGCUGUAUUGGCUCAGGACAGGGACGGACUGGAGCGAGUGGUGGCAUACGCUAGCCAAUCGCUCACUUCCCCGGAACGGCGUUGGUCUACAUUUGACAGAGAACUGUGGGCUGUACUGUGGGCUAUACGCCAAUUCAGACAUUACUUUGGAUCAGCUGCCUUUACCAUCGUAACUGAUCACAAGCCUCUGCUGGGCCUGCGCGGCAUUUCUAUUGACAAGGAUCCCACGGGACGCAGAGCGAGAUGGGUAUUGGAACUAGACCCUUAUAACUGGAUUAUACAGCACAAGGACGGGCAACGGCAUACUAAUGCUGAUGCACUCUCACGGCGUCCUCAGGACCCCAAGCUCAGGGUGGUAAAUCUCACCACGCGGCAGCCAAAACAAGUGAAUGUCAUAGGCUCGGAGGAAGGGCCAAGUGUUCCCCAAACAGACACUCAGCUGCUUCAAGCACCAGCUGGGAACCCCCUGACCUCUGACUUCAACGCAGGGGAACAGCGUGUGGAGAGGAGCAACACAGCAAGGCAUGUUUUGGAGCUGAUGUUCAGGUCAGUGCUCUUCCUGGGAAAGAAGGGUGUGGCUUUUCAGGUUUACAGCACCCGUGAUGGCAUUUUGUGUGAACUGAUGCUUGAACGUACCUACAACCUCCCAGGAGAGAGGCAGUGGAUUGAGAGGAGCGAUAACUGGCUCUCGGACACAAUCCAGAAUGACGUCAUUCAACAGUACGCCUGCGCUAUUCAACGUGAGCUGGUACCCCGUGCCAGAAGUAGUCCGUACUAUGGACUCCCAGCUGAUGGUACCACCGACUCCGGUACAACAGAGCAGUUCUCAUUGACGCUGCAGUGUGUGGAUGAGAAACUGGAGAUUCACUCUGAAUUCACUGGAUUUUACAAUGCCCCCGACAGCAGUGGAGAGGCCCUGUUCAAGUGCACCAUAGAUGCAUUUCUCAGGCUGAACAUCCCAGUUGAGCGUCUCCAUGGAUAUUGUUUUGAUGGAGCUUCUAACAUUUCAGGACUGUUUUCGGGUGUUCAGGCGCAGCUAAAAGAAACAUGCCCCGAGUCCCUCUUUGUCCACUGUGCCAACCACUUACUUGACCUAGUUCUCCAGGAGGCUGCACGUGAGGUGGGUCUCGUCACUGAUUCAGUGAGCUUUGUUCAGGGCAUAGCUGUGGUAAUCCAUGAACUAGCAAAACGCAAGGAGCUCUAUGAGUCCAUGUCUGGCUGCAAUGAGAUAGGUACCAUACUGGCCAUAUGUCCAACAAGAUGGUGCAUACGAACAAUAGCUAUCAAACGUGUGUGUAGUGCCUACAGAGAAAUCAUCAAAACACUGGCGCAGCUUAAGGAUGACAAAAGUGUGAGGGGAGAGACCAGAGCUAAGAUCGGAGGCCUGCUCAAGCAAGCAAUGAAGGCUAAAACCUACUAUGGCUUCCCCUGUUGUGAGGCAAUAUUCGAGCCGUGCGAGUCGGUGGCCAGGAGUUUGCAGCAUACCAAAGCCAGCAUACUGGGCACCCCUGAGCGUGCCGAACUGCUUGGAAGGCGCAUUGAGGCCCUUCGGGAUGAUACAGUGGUGGAUAACAUGCUACAACAGACUGUAUUAUAUCCACAGCAGGACUUACAACGCCAGUGCAACACGGCCUUCCAGGUGACACUGAAGGAUGAGGACAGGAUCGUAGCCUCUCUGGAACCUUCAGACCUGCAGGAAAAUGCCACGGCAUAUGCUGCUCGAGUUGUAGGGGAGCCACGGAUGUACCUGGUCCAGUUCCAGAACUCCAGUAACCCUCCACCACUGGUGUUCAAUGCCUCACACCGCGGGCUCUGCUACACGGUGGGCCUCCUGGUUAAGGAGGGAAAGGCCUGGUCAAAGCCUCUCAAGACUCUAUAUGUCCUCACAAAACCUCUUCCUUUGGACAGUGUGCAAAUAUCAGAUUAUAAGGACUCUCCAGAGACGGGGGUGGUGUUUCAAAUUAGUUCCCCAGCCAAUAAUGUCUUCAGCCGGGUUAACAUCAGCUACACCGAGGGGACGGAGCGACACUCCAUGCUCUAUAAAGAUUUCUAUAAAGGUAAGACGGUGUUUAAGCACUGGCUGCCAGGGGUGUGUUACAGGAACAUCACCUUCCAGCUUGUGUCCGAGGCCUCAGCCAACAAGAGUACCUUGGUUAGACGCAGUGACAUCGCCCACAAGCCCCUUCAGCACAGAACGGUGCCCAAUCCUCCCCUCAACAUUUCCCGUAAGAUCGUCCACCUGAGUCAGAGGGAAGCCGUCCAUCCUAAGGGGAGCCCGGCGAGCCCUCAACCCCGCAGAGCCCGAGAUGUGCCCCUAAUGGAGGAGCAGGAGGACCGAAACGACGGGGAGGAGAAUACAUCUGAGGAAGCGGUGGGGUUAGCCACCCAGGUACCCUACAACCUAUCCCAAAGCCUUACAGACUCUGUAGUGGACUACGCUGAUGCCAAUGUCAACGUGAACGACAAUGCGACGGCCGAGGAGGAUGCUCUCACGCAGCCCUAUUGGAGGGAUCCAACAGGUAGUCCAUCCCUCGCAGACAGGGAAGAGGAGUUUGUCAAUGCAGUGGUACCAGAGUACGAGGACUCAAAUGAGCCAGGCUCCACUAUGGGUUUGCCGUCUGAACCCUCCAUCCUGCCCACCAAACUGCCCCCCAUCUUGCUUGAGCUACGAUGGCUGCCCCCCAAACCCCCCACCACCCAUGACGGCUUCAACAUCUACAUCUACCGAGAUGGUAAUAGUACGGAGACGGCCACGGUGGAUGAGAACACUCAUGAGUUCUUCACUGAGCUGACGGAGCCUGGCACUUACCGCGUACUGGUCACCACCCUCAGCUCCUCCGGAGACUGCCAACCCAGGGAGAGCACGGCUGACACAGACUUCACCUUCUACCUCAGUCCCAGUGGGGAGUGGCUAGAGGAACCUAAAGAACGCCCCCAGUCAGUGAGUGUGAGGCUUCUGGGUUCCAGUACGGCGGCUGUAUCCUGGGGCCCUUCCUCCGAGAGCCACAACGGCAGCUUGGUGUCUGUGCUCUCCACCACCUGCCUCAAACCCAGCCUCACCCAGCGGAUGGAGAACAACUACUGCAGCGAGGAAAACAUAACCAGCGACAUCAUCACCAACCUGACCCCCGGGGCUCAGUACAGGGUGGUGGUUUACCACACUAAUGGACCCCUCACCAGCCCCCCCUCUGAACCUGUCAUCAUAGAUAUAGAGCCAACAGGAGUGCGAGAUUUGGUGGUGUACGCCCUGAGUCCCACAGCGGUCAUCCUGAGUUGGCAGAGGCCAUACCACGUGGCCUUCCGCAAGUAUGUUCUGGAAACGUUCUUCUUCAACCCGGUCACGCUUAUGUCGGAGUGGACGACCUACUACGAGAUCGCCGCUACCGCCUCAGUCAUCGCAUCAGUGAGGGUGACGGAUCUGCUCCCCGCCUGGUACUAUAAUUUCCGUGUUUCCAUGGUAACGUGGGGCAAUCCACCACUCAGCUGCUGCGACAGCUCCACUGUCAGCUUUGUCACAGCCCCCGAGGCCCCUCACAUCUCCUCAGUGGACUACUCUCAUGGGGUUCUGUAUGUGCGCUGGACCUAUGGGGAGCUCUUCAUUGACCUGACUCACUCCAGGAUGUUUCACUGGCAGGUGGUGGCAGUGGGCAAAAAGGGCUCUGAAAAAAGCUACUCUGUUGAUGUGACUCGUAAUGUACUGCAAGCCAGCCUGCCCCUUCCACCGGGAGACAUCUACAACCUGACAGUGACGGCCUGCACCGAGCGCAGCAGGAACACAUCCAUGCCAAACAUCAUCAAACUAGAGCCAGCUCCCCCCAAGUCGCUGUACGCUGUGAACGCAACCCACUCAUCUGUGACUGUGCUGUGGACAGAGGAGGGAGUCGUGGACUACUACCAGGUCUUCUGCAAGCUAGCCAAGCCCAGAAAGCAGCUCAAGCCCCAGGAGCCCCUGACAGCCAGCUCACAUAUGGUGAUAAUUUCAGGCUUGACACCCUCCUCUACUUACAACUGUACCAUCACCAGCUACAGCUAUAGCACUCCCAGCAAGCCCGCAUACAUCACCAUCACCACUGUGGCUAAAGAGAUGAAUCCCAGUGUGGCAGCUAUCUCCGCAUUAGCCGUCCUUAGUGUCCUCCUCAUCAGUCUCCUGGUGCUUUUCCUGCUGGUUCUCCGUAAGAAACACCUGCAAAUCACCAGGGAGUGUGGGGCAGAGACAUUUGUCAACUUUGCUUCGUUUGAGAGAGACGGCAAGCUUCCUUACAACUGGCGAAGAAGCCUCUUUGCCUUCCUUACCCUACUGCCAUCCUGCCUUUGGACUGACUAUCUUUUGGCUUUUUAUAUUAAUCCUUGGAGCAAGACCGCUUUAAAGAAACGGAAGCUAACAAGCCCCGUCCAGCUGGAUGAUUUUGAAACUUACCUGAAAGACAUGAGCAAAGACUCUGCCUACAAGUUCUCCCUGCAGUUUGAGGAGCUGAAGAGUGUUGGCCUGGACCUGUCCCAUGAUGCAGCAGACCUGCCCAUCAACAGACCGAAGAACCGCUACACAAACAUUCUGCCCUAUGACUUCAGCCGUGUGAAGCUGGUCUCCAUGCAUAACGAUGAAGGAUCAGACUACAUCAAUGCCAACUACAUCCCAGGUUACAAGUCUCCGAGGGAAUAUAUCGCCACCCAGGGACCCCUCCCUGAAACACGCAAUGACUUCUGGAAAAUGGUGCUGCAGCAGAAGUCCCCCAUCAUUGUCAUGCUCACCCAGUGCAAUGAACGGCGGAGGGUGAAGUGUGAUCACUACUGGCCCUUCACAGACGAGCCUGUGAUGUAUGGAGAAAUCAGCGUGGAAAUGCUGUCUGAGAGCGAGUCACCAGAGUGGACCAUAAGGAACUUCAGACUGGGCUAUGCUGAUGAGACUCAAGACGUUCUGCAUCUGAACUACACGUCCUGGCCGGACCACGGGGUUCCCACAGUCAACGCCAUAGAGAGCAUCCUGCAGUUUGUCCACAUUGUUCGCCAGCAGGCCAACAGGACCAAAGACCCCAUCAUAGUCCACUGCAGUGCUGGAGUUGGGAGGACAGGAACCUUUAUCGCUCUGGACCGUCUGAUGCAGCACAUCAGAGAACACGAGUUUGCCGACAUCCUGGGCAUGGUGUCUGAAAUGCGCUCACAUCGCCUUUCUAUGGUCCAGACUGAGGAGCAGUACGUCUUCAUCCAUCAGUGUGUGUUGCUAAUGUGGAAGAAGAAGAAGCAGCAGUCGCUCACCAGUGACGUUAUCUACGAGAACGUCAGCAAGACAUAAUGACGGCAGCCUCGUGCAGACGCUGCAGACACACCACCCUCGUGUGCUCCAGGCAUCCAUUCUCCACAAAGAGACUCGCUUCAUCAUCAGUCCCAAAAACAGUGAAAUAAAG